GUCUCUCCGUCAGAGCUCAGCUAGCAUGUGUGGCUGUGCUAACGUUAGCAGAGUAAUGUUGUAGUUUUCUUUUCCUUCUUGGACUCUUGGAUGUGUGGAAAUGUCCGGGUUUGAGGAGCUCCACCGCCACAGAAAGCUGCUGGAUGUGAUUUUAAUCCCUGAGAUAAAGCUGCACAGAGCAGUGCUUCCUGCAGACACCCAGCAGCUGUUGGUGAUUAAAAAAGAGAGCCCCCAGGAGGACACUGAGCCCCCACUCAUUAAGGAGGAAGAGGAGGAACUGUGGAUCAGUCAAGAGGGAGAGCAGUUUCAAGGAGUGGAGGAGGCUGACACCAAGUUCCUCUUCAGUUCUUCCCCUGUGAAGAGUGAAGAUGAUGAUGAAGAGAAACCUCAGUCCUCACAGCUUCAUGAGAGACAAAAGGAAGAGAUGGAAACAGGAGCAAAUGGAGCAGAACCAGCCAGGAUCUCGGAUCCAGAGAAACAUUUACAACCAGCAACUGAGGCCAAGACUGUAGAGAGUUCUGGAGGAGAGACUGAUGACAGUGAUGAUUGGAGGGAGACCAGAGAACAUCAGUCAGGUUCAAAGUCUGCAACAAACAUUAAAAAUAAGAGACCCAAGAGUAAGAAAUCACACAGCUGUUCUGUGUGUGGUAAAACAUUCAGCAGAGUAAGCAACUUGACACGACACACAAGAAUUCACUCAGGAGAGAAACCUUUCAGCUGCUCUGAGUGCAAUAAAGGUUUCUGUGAUAAAGGAGAACUGAACAGGCACAUGAGGAUUCACACAGGAGAGAAACCCUUCAGUUGCUCUGUUUGCAGCAGAAGAUUUAGACGGAGAACUCAUAUGGUCACUCACAUGUUAACCCAUUCAGAAGUGAAACCCUUCAGCUGCUCUGUUUGCAGCAAAAGAUUUACACAGAAAGCUGGUAUGGACGAUCACAUGAGGAUUCACUCAGGAGAUAAACCCUUCAGCUGUUCUGUUUGCAGCAGGAGAUUUAGACGGAGACCUCAUUUGGUCCGUCACAUGUUAACCCAUUCAGAAGUGAAACCUUUCAGCUGCUCUGUGUGCAACAAAAGAUUUAGACAGAGAAGUACUUUGGUCCGUCACAUGUUAACUCAUUCAGAAGCGAAACCCUUCAGCUGCUUUGUUUGCAGCAAAACAUUUAUACGGAAAACUCAUCUGGAAGCUCACAUGAGGAUUCACUCAGGAGAGAAACCUUUCAGCUGCUCUGUUUGCAGCAAAAGAUUUACGCAGAGAUGUAGUAUGGACGCUCACAUGAAGAUUCACUCAGGAGAAAAACCCUUCAGCUGCUCUGUUUGCAAGAAAAGAUUUAUGCAAAAAAAUUAUAUGAAAGCUCACAUGAGGAUUCACACAGGAGAGAAACUCUUCAGCUGCUCUGUCUGCAUGAAAAGUUUCUCUUGCAAAGGAAAUCUAAACAAACACACGAGGAUUCACACUGGAGACAAAUACCUGAAGUUGCUCUGAGUGCAGUAAAAAUAUUUUUAAGAAAACAUUGUCUGGCAAUAAACAUGAGAACUCACUCAGGAGAGAAGCUCUUCAGCUGCUCUGCGUGUGUUAAAAGAUUCAGAAGUAGUUCAAACUGGAGUGGGCAUGUUAAAACUCACAGAGGUGAGACAACCUACAGCUGCAGUGACUGUAAUCAGACAUUUGCGUUGCAGUUUCAGGUAAAACAUCACAAAUGUGUUGGAGGUCAGGCUCCAGAGAUUCAUCAAAUCCUCAGUGAAGGAAAAAGAGAGACAGAAACAAGAGCAGAUGAGAGGACUGUAGAGAACUAGCAGAACCAGCCAGGAAUUCAGAUCCAGACACACAUUUAAAACCAGUGACAGUGGUUGGGACUGGAGACUCUUCUGGAGCUGAGACUGAUGACAGUGAGGAUAAUUAGGAAAUCAGGUUUGAAGUAAACACAGGAUACUUAUUCCCUACAAAAAAGAUAAGCAGUCAGCAAAGUAUUCUGAUGAACCUAUCAGCUUUGAAACUUUUGAUUUAAAGGAAACACAAAAAACUUGUGCUCUAGUAUAAGUGCUCAGCAAAAGAUGUUCUUAAAGCCAGUUAAAUCCAUACUAUUUGUGUCCAAAAGUCAACCGUGCAGACCGAUGGGCAGGAGGAAGCCAACAUUUAUCAGGGUUGUCAACUGAGCAACCAUGCCAGCAUGGAGAUAUUCUUUAUCUCACCUAACCUACAGAGCUGGGGUGCAGUGCCCUCCAGUCAGAAUUGUUCCUUCUCAUCUAAAUCCAUUGGCUGAUUUAAAUGGCUUCAUCUCCUAAACUCUUUUCCGAAACUCUGCCCUGCACUCCCAGCUCUUUAAGUGUUGAAACUGUUGACCUUGCCACCAACCCCCUACAUCACACUUCUACUAGACAGACGCUAAUUUUCCAGCUUCACUGUUCAGCUUCUACUUUUAUAUCUGCUUUUCUCAGCUAAUCUAGCCUUCCUAGAUUCUGUUAUAUCUUCCCUACAUUCG